AUGAUGUUGAGAGCACCGAUACUUCUCGCCCUUCACUUGUUUAGCUCAGGGGGGAUUAGCACAGGGGCGUUCGCCGUUUCCAGUGACGAUCUUGCCAACUUCCGGCUCUUCGCGCAGUACUCCGCUGCUGCUUAUUGCGAUAACAACAACAACAACAACAACAACACUGUAACUGGCAAUAUCCAUUGUCUUGAAGGAGUAUGCCCCGUGGUCGAGGCAGCCAAGCCCCGGACAAUAGCAAAAUUCAGCAAAGACGAUAUCCGAGGUUUUGUCGCGGUUGAUGAUACCCAUCGCCUUCUUGUCGUGUCCUUUCGCGGGACUAAUUCUGUCCGUAACUGGCUCAAGAACUUCCGAUUCUGGAAAGUCGAGAUGCCCGGCCCAAGCGGAAUCUCGGGCAGUGAAUUUGAAGCAGACAAGCCUCAGCGUGGUAACGAUUUCUGCACUUGCGCCAUUCACGCUGGGUUCUAUGAGUCGUGGCAGCUCGUAAAAGCGGAGGUUCUUGACGCAGUCACCCAGGCCAGGGAGACCUACAAGGACUAUAAGGUGGUCCUUACGGGUCACUCUCUGGGUGGUGCCAUUGCGACGAUCGCUGGUUCUCACCUGCGCACGAUGGAUAUCCCCUGCGAUAUCUAUUCAUACGGUGCCCCACGGAUCGGGGACCUACGGUUUGCCGAGUUUGUCUCAAAUCAACCGGGGUGGACGGUCCGCAUUACUCACGGAUACGACCCGGUGCCAACGAUGCCUCCAAUGAGUCUGUUCGGGGUUUAUGAUCUCGGCUACCGGCACAUCUGGCCAGAAUACUGGAUUUCUGAUUCCCCCACGGAAGGCAACGAGACUAUUCAGGUGUGUCGUGGACUCGAGAACUUUUCAUGCGACGGAGCACGAGAAGCAAAGUUCAAGCUUGAGAUCGAGGAUCAUCGGCAUUAUCUGGGGGAGAUCAGCGCCUGUGGGCCGAAGUUCUCGUACCGCGACCUGGAAGAAACCUGGAGCGCUGAGGAUCUGCGUCGUCUGGAUAACCUGGCAAUCAAUGAUAUCCUUUUCGCAAAUCAUUUCAUCUCCGACAGAGACGGCGCGUAA